CACCGACACGUUAAAAUGGCCAAUGUGUCGGACACGUCAACACGAGUGGACACGCUUCCGACACGCGAUCAACACGGUGUCAGAUUUCCGACACGAAAUCAACUCUCCGGACACGCCUCCGACACGCGAGUCCGGCGUGUCCGAAGAGUAAAUUUGUAAAAAAAUAAAAACAGAGAACAAUAAAUGGCGUCGACCUCCAAAUUAGGGCUAAAACACGAUUACCUCUUUACUUCUCUGUUCGACCGACGAACUCCCGUCCUCCGCGCCGCUCGCCGCUCCCUCUCCCGCUCCCGCUCCCGCUAGCCGGUCGUGCUCGCGGCUUGCGCUCGCCGCUCGCCGCUCGUGCUCGUGCUCGCCGCUCGCGCUCGCUGCUCGCCGCUCGCCGCUCUCUCUCCCGCUCGCGCUCGCCGCUCGCUGCAGGUACACCUCUCUGUUUCGAAAGAAAUUGUGGUGGCUGGGAACUGGGAAGAAGGGAGAAGUCGGGGAAGGGAGCGUGUAUGGGUGGGUUGGGGGAAAAGGAAAAAGUGGUGGGGUAGGUCAGAUGGGUGGGCUGCGUCUUUUUUUCUAAUGGGGAGGUCAGAUGGAUGGGGAAAAGAAAUUGUGGUGAGCUGCGUCUUUUUUUCUUAUUAAGAGCUGUGGUAGGUCAUUUUAUAAUUGUGGUGGCCUGAUUAUUAUUAGAUAUGUCAUUCUAUAAUUCUGGUAGGUCAUUCUAUAUUUGUUGAUGAUGCCCUUGCCCUUACUUACUGCUUAUUGAUUUGGGUGAAUCUAAUAUAUAGAUAUUGGUAUUGUGAUGGUAUUUUUUGUAGAAUGACCUCAAGCAAGGGUAGCACUUCUUGUACACAAGCGCUUACAUCUACCGAUGAAGAUUCGAAUAAACCACUAUGGAGGUAUGUCACUAAGCUAGCUGCUCGUAGUGAUGCGGGAGGCAAUUUGUCUUGGAAAUGCAACUUUUGCGAAAAAGAUUUUACGAGUUCAUAUACGAGAGUGAGGGCUCAUUUGUUGAUGAUCAGUGGAAAAGGAAUUGGAAAAUGUGGAAAAGUAACAAGAAAUGAUCUUUUGGAGAUGGAAAGAUUAGAGGAAGAGGUCAAUACUAAAUUAGCGAGUCUUGCGCCUAAAAAUGUACAUUUGCCCCCUUCUAGUGUUUCAAUUAGUGGUGGUGGUGGUGGAUCUAUUAGUGGGGUGGAUUUAUACUCUAGAAAAAGGAAGAUUGGAAGUGGGAGUGAAGGAUCACUUGAGCAUGCAUUCAACAUGGGUCAACGGGAACAUUUAGAUUAUGAGAUUGCUAGGAUGUUUUAUUCGGGAGGCUUGCCGUUUAACCUAGCAAAGAACCCUUACUUUAUAUCCGCUUUUACUUAUGCCGCUAAUCAUAAUCUUGCGGGGUAUGUACCACCGAAAUACAAUUUGUUGAGGACCACUUUGUUGCAAAAGGAGAAGGCAAAUAUUGAUGGGUUGUGUGCAACUAUUAGAAACAUGUGGAAGGAGAAGGGUGUAAGUAUUGUGAGUGAUGGAUGGAGUGACUCACAUAGGAGAUCACUUAUUAAUUUUAUGGCGGUGUCGGAUGGAGAACCUAUGUUUAUAAAGUCGGUUGAUUGUUCGGGAGAAACAAAGGAUAUGCAUUUCAUUUUUAACUUAUUCAAAGAAGUGAUCAAUGAAAUUGGGCAUGAGAAAGUGGUCCAAGUGAUCACGGAUAAUGCUUCAAAUUGUAAGGGCGCGGGACAACUCAUUGAGCAAGAAUUUCCAUCCAUUAUUUGGACGCCUUGUGUGGUGCACACUCUUAAUCUUGCUUUGAAGAACAUUUGUGACCCAAAGAAUACGGAGACCAAUCAUGAAGUUUAUUUGGAAUGUAGUUGGAUUUCCGAGAUUGUUUCGGAAGUUAUGCAAAUCAAACAUUUCAUCAUGAACCAUUCCAUGAGGUUAGCAAUAUACAAUGAGUUUGUUAACUUGAAGUUGCUUUCCAUAGCGGAUACACGUUUUGCUUCAAUGAUUGUGAUGCUUAGGAGGUUUAAGUUAAUCAAAAGUGGUCUUCAAAGCAUGGUUAUUUGUGACAAAUGGAAUAUCUAUCGAGAUGAUAAUCAAGGGAGGGCUAAGUUUGUCAAGGAGAAGGUGUUGGAUGAUUUUUGGUGGAAUUUAAUUGAUUAUAUACUUUCCUUCACGGCUCCUAUUUAUGAUAUGCUUAGAAUUUGUGACACCGACAAGCCUUGUCUUCACUUAGUUUAUGACAUGUGGGAUUCAAUGAUUGAAAAAGUGAAGAGAGCUAUAUAUGAACAUGAAGUGAAAAGGCUAAAUGAGCAGUCUACAUUUUAUGAGGCAGUUCAUACAAUUCUUAUGGAUCGUUGGACUAGAAACAACACUCCACUUCAUUGCUUGGCACAUGCCUUGAAUCCUAGGUACUAUAGUUAUCAAUGGCUCAACGAAGAUUCUUCUCGAGUUUCUCCAUACAAGGAUAACGAGAUCAUCCAAGAAACAAAAAAAUGCUUUAGGAAAUACUUUCCUAACUUGGAGGAGCGCACCAAGGUGAAUUUGGAGUACGCAGAUUUUGCGUACACAAAUGGGGAGUUUAAAGAAUUUGAUUCCGUUCACAGUCGGUAUUCUAUGGAUCCUAAGGCUUGGUGGGUUAUUCAUGGUGCAAGUGCACCUAUGCUUCAAAGCUUAGCCUUAAAGCUUCUUGCACAACCUUCUUCUUCAUCAUGUGCCGAGAGGAAUUGGAGUACUUACUCCUUUGUGCACUCGAUGAGGAGAAAUAGAAUGACUCCAAAACGUGCGGAAGAUUUGGUUUUCAUUCAUAGCAACCUACGUCUUCUAUCAAGAAAAAGCCCACAAUAUGCACAAGGAGAGACCAAGAUGUGGGAUAUUGGUGGAGAUGCAUUUGACACGUUUGAAGAUGUGGGAGUGCUUGAAGUUGCGAAUCUUUCACUUGAUGAGCCGGAGAUGGAAUGUGAUGUUUUUUCAGAAGAAGUGUAAUGUAGAUGCAUGACUUGGUAUAUUUGAUGGUGAAAUGUGGAUGGUUUUUUGUUUUUUGACUUAUUGUUAAAUGUUGAAUUUAAUGGGACAAACAUUUUUAGAUAGUGUUAUGUAUUGGAAUAUGAGAACAUGAAUUUUGAGGAGAAGUUUGCAUAUCGCAUAUACUCUGAAUCCCUAAUUGAAUUUGUAAAUGUGCUUCUUUCGAUGGAUGAGUUUA